AUGUACAGUAUUGGUUCGUGUUGUAAAAUUCGAUGCGAACCCCAAUCUCAUUCUCCAUGCAGGUCCCUUGUUGCCACAAAACAAAGGAUUGCCACUUUACAACUAAAUAAAUACAACGACAAAAUGACACCAACAUUGGACGCCGGAAAAGCAAGUCACUCUCCAAGCAGCGAGUUUAUGACGCUUGUUGACGUGGAUCACAUGUCAGACUUUAGCCAAGUUGUCGACUACCUCAAGAAGAAUCUUGACAAUAUCAUCAAGGAGGUUCACGGCUUUGACAAGCUAUUGAUUGACAAUGAAAAGACUCAACUCAACUGCCCACCCGCACCCGAGGCAGGUGACACCCAUGGAUCUCUUUUGAUUCGCACACUGAGUGAGAAGGAAGGUCCAUUCGGAUUGACCCUCAAGAGAGAAUUCAAGGUUCACGAUUGCGGAGUCGACCCCGACAAUGCCUCCUUACACAAGGUGGAAAUCCGGGAAGACGUCGUCAAGGCACCCAGUGAAAGUGGUCAACCCCCGAUCAUGACGGACACUGCCGUGAUUGUCAGUAUCAAUAGACUUUAG